UGUUUGAAGAGGAGGAUUUGAAGUUGGGAAACUGAAGCCUAACAUCAAAUCGGCAUCUGACUGCAUCACCCAAUUUGUUGUAACCUGAAUAUCAUUGGAUUUUGAAUAUGGAAGGAAGAAACAUCGUUCUCAAUGGAGAGAAACUAUGGAAAUGUGAGGACUGUGGGAUGAGAUUCAAUUACCCAUCUGUUCUGGAUAGGCACCAGCGUUGUCACACAGGGGAGAGGCCAUUCAGCUGCACCAUGUGUGGGAAGGGAUUUGCUCGGUCAUCCAAUCUGCUGAGGCACCAGCGAGUUCACACUGGGGAGAGACCUUUUAAAUGUCAUGACUGCGGGAAGUCUUUCAAAAGUUCCAGGGAGCUGAUGCGUCAUCAAAAUGUUCACACUGAUGAGAGACCUUUUAAAUGUCAUGACUGUGGGAAGUGCUAUAAAAGUUCCAGGGACCUGAUGUCCCAUCAACGUGUUCACACAGACGAGAGACCAUUCAGGUGUUCUCACUGUGGGACUGGAUUCAGAACAUCAUCUCAACUCACUGUCCACCAGCGAGUUCACACUGGGGAGAAACCAUUUAACUGCUCCAUGUGUGGAAAGAGAUUCACUCAGUCAAUCACACUACUGAGACAUCAGCGAGUUCACACUGGAGAGAGACCAUUCAUCUGCUCCAGUUGUGGGAAGGGAUUUACUCAGCUAUCCCAUCUGCUUAGACAUCAGCAAGUUCACACUGGGGAGAGACUGUUCACCUGCUCCGAGUGUGGGAAGGGAUUCACUCAAUCAUCCAAUCUGUUGAGACACCAGCGCAUUCACACUGGAGAGAGACCAUUCAUCUGCUUGGAGUGUGGGAAGGGAUUCAUUCAGGCCUCUCACCUUCUAACACACAAGCGAGUUCAUAAUGGACAGAGACCAUUCACCUGCUCUGAGUGCGGUUUAGGAUUCACCGAGUCAUACAACCUGCUGAGACACCAGCGAGUACACAGUAGGGAGAGGCCAUUUACCUGUUCGGAGUGUGGGAUAGGAUUCUCUGAGUCAUACAACUUGCUGAGACACCAGCGAGUACACAGUGGGGAGAGGCCAUUUACCUGUUCGGAGUGUGGGAUAGGAUUCUCUGAGUCAUACAAUCUGCUGAGACACCAGCGAAUACACAGUGGGGAAAAGCCGUUCACCUGCUCUGAGUAUGGGAAGGGAUUUACCCAGCUAUCAAGCUGCUAAAAUGCCAGCAAGUUUAUGAGCAACUACAGUGAUUAGAUGUCACUGUUGACCAUGUUAGAUGUAAACUGGUUUGAUUCAGCACUUGGAUCAGUUCAGUAAUUGAUGUCUGCUGUUGAGUAUUAACUGAUGCAUACAUCUGUGUGAAACUGUCUUUCUCGGGUCCUGAGAAACUUUUCACAAAUUAGAACAGUGGCAAUUUCAUGAUGUUAGAAGCAGAAAGCUGGUCAAACCCUGCUGCAUGUGUUUCUUAAGGCACAUGUACAGUAAAAGAGCAGCAAAAUGAAUAAAGUUGCUUAGAAAGCAGACAGGGGCUUUUGUACAUUCAAGUAGUUGGCAUGGUGCUCUGUGGGAAGGGGGAGGAACAGGGUGUGUUUUGGUGGGAGGUGAGAGGGUGGAGUUGUAGCUAUGGCAGGGUCAUGAGGAGUAUCCAGUUGGUGAUGUGAGGUGGGGAGGAUUGUUGGGUCUAACUGGGGCAGUUCAAGGGUUUGGAGGUUGUAGGGACAGGGGCCAUGUCAGUGGGGCAGGGAUGUCAGGUGUUUGGAGGUUGUAGCUGAAGAGACUACUGAUAAGCCGAGGGCUCAGUUUAAUGAUUACACAGGAGUUAGGACAGGUUUUAAGACUCUUUCUUUUUCUGGGUAAGCAUUAAGCUGAAGCGAGUCCGAGCUAUCAGAAAUCUCAGACUCUGAAACAGACAUGGUUUUCCACAAAGGAUUCCAGGUGCUGGAUAACAGCUGCAAGAACAUUGAAAUUUCUCCAUUUAUUCCUGCUGCGUUGGAUUUCUGCUGGUCCCAACACACAGCUCCAUUCUAUGCUGCUGGCAACAACUCUUUCCCCCUCCCUGCUAAUUGGAAUUUCAGGGCUGAUAUUAUUGUUGAUUGAGUGGAAAGCAUCGGAGCCUUGGGAUUCUGGUGGACAGUUCCAUUCUCUACCAUUAGAUUUCCAGAGUGAUCUCGCUGUGAUGAGAGAUAUGGCUGUAUCAUCACUGCAUGGUCAGCUUAGAUGAUAGAGAGGGAGACUCCUCAAAUCAGGAUUAUGAGUUUAUGUCGUGUCUUGUGUCACUGCUCAAAUGGAGUCUUUCGCUUGCUACUUUUGCUCUGAUUCCAGUUCCUGGUUUCUGAGUGAAAACUGCCUCCGCUCCAAAGGAUAUGCCAGAAACAAAUUUGUAGGUUCAGCCUAAUGUACAGUGACUGAUGACACUCUCAAAAGAGUGGACUCCAGCCCCUGGACUGACAAAACUGCUCAAAGUCAUGGAACGCGAAUGGCCAGUUCCUUGGGGACAGAUAGAGGUAGGUUCAUGUCAAACAGGAUCCAGACCAGGACAGUCUGAUUCACAAGGUGAGGGGAGUGUUAUCAGGAGCUCCUCCUGAAUCCAAUUCACCUCAAAGAGUGGAGGAUGGGUUGGAGAAGAAUGGAAUUGUUUUCACCGUAAAAUGAGAUGUUGUUCUUUGAGCUUGUGCUGGGGCUCACUUGAAUGCGACAGCAGGCUUACGACAGAAAUGUUAGUGUAGGAACAUAAUGGUAUGUUGAGUUGGCAGGCAACUGGAAGCUUGCAGGCUACUA